GCCGGGCUCCAGGCCACACUGUCCACGCUCUGGAUCUUCCAUCUGCUCCUUCUCACGGGGCCUGACCCUGGCAGGGCCUGGACCCAGGUCCAGCGGCCAAAGCCAGAGCCUCAUUCCCCUACGGCGCUGCUCCUUUGUGACUUCAUCCACUGAAGUCACCUGGGAGACGGCGGCUGAAUGUUCCAUCCCGGAGUCUUGCCUCUUGGGAGGCAAGGACAGCAGGCCCGGCCAGCCCAGAGGACUCUGGGUCCACAGUUUCAAUGAGGACGCUGCUGGCCCAUGUCCCGCAGGGAUGUAGAGGGCAGCCUCAGAGGCACUGGGAGCUCCCGGCACCAUGGAUGACGCUGCUGUCCUUAAGAGGAGAGGCUACAUCAUGGGGAUAAAUUUGGGAGAGGGCUCCUACGCCAAAGUCAAGUCUGCCUACUCCGAGCGCCUCAAGUUCAACGUGGCGGUCAAGAUCAUCGACCGCAAGAAAGCCCCCACGGACUUUCUGGAGAAAUUCCUACCCCGGGAAAUCGAGAUUCUGGCCAUGCUGAACCACCGCUCCAUCGUCAAGACCUACGAGAUCUUCGAGACGUCGGACGGCAAGGUCUACAUCGUCAUGGAGCUCGGGGUCCAGGGCGACCUCCUCGAGUUCAUCAAAACCCGGGGGGCCCUGCACGAGGACGACGCUCGCAAGAAGUUCCACCAGCUCUCCUCGGCCAUCAAGUACUGCCACGACCUGGACGUCGUCCACCGGGACCUCAAGUGCGAGAACCUCCUCCUCGACAAGGACUUCAACAUCAAGCUGUCUGACUUCGGCUUCUCCAAGCGCUGCCUGCGGGACGACAGCGGGCGCAUCAUCCUCAGCAAGACCUUCUGCGGGUCGGCGGCGUACGCAGCCCCCGAGGUGCUGCAGGGCAUCCCCUACCAGCCCAAGGUCUACGACAUCUGGAGCCUGGGCGUCAUCCUCUAUAUCAUGGUGUGCGGUUCCAUGCCCUACGACGACUCCAACAUCAAGAAGAUGCUGCGCAUCCAGAAGGAGCACCGCGUCAACUUCCCGCGCUCCAAGCACCUGACAGGGGAGUGCAAGGACCUCAUCUACCGCAUGCUGCAGCCCGACGUCAACCGGCGCCUGCACAUUGACGAGAUCCUCAGCCACUGCUGGGUGCAGCCCAAGGCUCGGGGGAUGUCCUCUGCAGCCAUCAACAAGGAAGGGGAGAGCUCCCGGGGCUCUGAUCCUCUGUGGAUCCCUGAUCCCACCUCUGACAAGAAGUCGGCCACGCAGCUGGAGCCUAGGGAGGAGUCGCGGGCCGAGGCCCGGCCGGAUGCGAAACCCGAGGAGGACGUGGCGCAAGUGCCCAGGCAGUCGGAGCUGCAGGGCUUCACCAGCGAGCAGCCGGCCAGGGACCCAGAGGAAGCGCCGCCCCCUCCGCAGCCACCAGAGACGCACACCUAGUGAGCCUCCCGCAGCCCAGGGGGCCAGCAGGGAAUGAAGCCGAGCUCGCAGCCUGAGCUCCAGAGAAGGCGUGAGCCGGAGAAGGAAGACAGCCCCGCCACGAGCCGCUAUUUUCGUCAGAGUCUUCUCCCUCCCUUUUGAACUUGGUGUAAACCCACAUGGCUAAAGAAGCAAUAAAUCGCUAUAUUAGUGCA